AUGGAAGAGGGCUGCAGGCAGCACGCCUCCGCCUCGGGCAUCGCCCUGCCGCCAACCUUCUGCGUCGCUCGAGCCUUCGAGGAGAUGGCGGCCAACGGGACGGUCAACACCCCCCUUCUGCAGGCAGCGAGGGUGCUGCGGAGGAACGGAUUUAAGACCGGUGUCCUCACCAACAACUGGGUGGACGACAGCGCCGGGCGGCUCUUCACGGCCACGCUGAUGAACCUGCUGCAUCGCCACUUCGACCUGGUGAUCGAGUCCUGCCGGCUCGGAGCGCAGAAGCCGGACCCCAAGAUCUACACCUACGCCCUGGAUGCGCUGCAGAUGAAGCCACAGGAGGUCAUCCUCCUGGACGACAUCGGGGAGAACUUGAAGCCGGCCAGGGAGAUGGGCAUGGCCACCAUCCUCGUCAAGGACACCGAAACCGUCCUGAAGGAGCUGGAGGAGCUCUCGGGCGUCCGGGCAUGUAGAGGCGGUCUGGGUCCUCUCUGUCUCCUGGAGGUCCCUGAAGGGCUUCUCACCCAAGAAGAGCCGCUGCCAACUGCGUGUGAUCCAUCUGACGUGACCCAUGGAUACGUGCCCAUCCGGCCCGGCGUCCAGUUACACUUCGUGGAGAUGGGACACGGCCCCGUCAUCUGCCUCUGCCACGGCUUCCCCGAGUCCUGGCUCUCCUGGCGCUACCAGAUCCCAGCUCUGGCCGACGCCGGCUUCAGGGUGAUCGCUCUGGAGAUGAAGGGCUACGGGGAGUCCACGGCCCCACCAGACAUCAAAGAAUAUUCCCAGGAGCAGAUAUGCAAGGACCUGGUGGUUUUCCUGGACAAACUGGGUGUCGCAGAAGCGGAGCUGGAGAAGGACCUCGGCCGUACCCUGAAGGUGCUGAUCCGCUCCACGCGUCAGGAGGUAGGUGUGGGGCUGAGAGUGGACCUGGGGGCCGUGGCGUCGCUGAACACCCCGUACCGACCCGCCGACCCCACCGUGGACAUCGUGGAGAAGAUGAAAGCUCAACCCACCUUUGAUUACCAGUUCUACUUCCAGGAGCCGGGUGUCGCAGAAGCGGAGCUGGAGAAGGACGUCGGCCGUACCCUGAAGGUGCUGAUCCGCUCCACGCGUCAGGAGACCAUGGGGAUGCUGCGAGGCAGCCCCAGCCCCACCUCCCCCUCGUCCCGAGGGCUCCCUGCUGCUAUCGGGGCUAUCUGCCACAGCUUCCUGAUGGCCCUGGCUCCAGGCAGUGUCACCUCCCUGGGCAGGGUGAUGGGCCAUCCAGUGGCCCUGCCCUACCCAGCUCCUAAAAGAAACCUGGAGGGGGCUGGGGUGGUGGUGAUAGCUGUGCUGAAGAGGUUGGUGGGAAGGUGGAAGGCGGAGGGUUUGCUGAUGGAGAGGAGGCUGGAGGGAACUGGAGGAGGGAGGAGGCAGCAGAAGGUUCACGGCCAAGGAGGAGUCAAGUUCCAGAACUGGGCCAAGACCUAUGGCUCCUCUCCGGAGCUGUACUUCCAGCCUACCUCGGUGGAGGAGAUCCGGGAGAUCCUGGAUAUGGCCAGGCAGCGGGACAAGAGGGUGAAGGUGGUGGGGGGCGGCCACUCUCCUUCGGACAUCGCUUGCACUGAUGACUUCAUGAUCCAGAUGGGGAAGAUGAACAGGGUCCUCAAGGUGGACAAGGAGAAGCAGCAAGUGACGGUGGAAGGUGGGAUUUUCCUCUCGGAUCUGAAUGUCGAGCUGAGCAAGCAUGGGCUGGCCCUGGCCAACUUAGGAGCCGUUUCUGAGGUGGCAGCGGCCGGUGUGAUUGGGACGGGGACGCACAACACCGGGAUCAGUCACGGCAUCCUCCCCACCCAGGUGGUGGCACUCACACUGUUGACAGCCUCGGGGGAGAUCCUGGAGUGCUCUGAGUCCAUCAACGCGGACAUCUUCCAGGCGGCCCGCCUGCACCUUGGCUGCCUGGGUGUCGUGCUCACGGUCACCUUCCAGUGCGUGCCGCAGUUCCACCUGCACGAGGUGGCCUUCCCCUCCACCCUCACAGAGGUCCUUGAUCACCUUGAGGACCACCUAAAGAGAUCUCAAUACUUCCGAUUCCUGUGGUUCCCUCACAGCGAGAACGUCAGCGUCAUCUACCAGGACCCCACCAACAAGCCCCCCUCUUCCUCCGCCAGCUGGUUGUGGGAUUACGCUGUUGGCUAUUAUUUGCUGGAGUUUCUGCUCUGGAUCAGCACCUUCGUGCCCAGCUUGGUGCGUUGGAUCAACCGCUUCUUCUUCUGGCUCCUCUUCAGCUCCCGAGUGGAGAACAUUGCCAUCAGCUACAAGAUCUUCAACUACGAGUGUCGCUUCAAGCAGCACGUUCAAGACUGGGCCAUCCCCAUUGAGAAGACAAAGGAAGCCUUGCUGGAGCUGAAGGCCGCCUUGGAGAACAACCCCAAGAUGGUGGCUCACUACCCCGUGGAGGUGCGCUUCGCUCGGGGGGACGAGAUCUGGCUGAGUCCCUGCUUCCAGCGGGACAGCUGCUACAUGAACAUCAUCAUGUACAGGCCCUACGGGAAGAACGUCCCCCGCCUCAACUACUGGCUGAUCUAUGAGGGCAUCAUGAAGAAGCAUGGUGGGAGACCACACUGGGCAAAGGCCCACAGCUGCACCCGGAAGGACUUUGAGAAGAUGUACCCAGCCUUCCCCAAAUUCUGCUCCGUCCGGGAGAAGCUGGACCCUACGGGGAUGUUCCUGAACUCCUACCUGGAAAAAGUGUUUUACUGACAGGGGCAACGCGGGGGAUGGAGGAAAAAUCAGCCGUCGCCCCCAGUUCUUGGGACACCCCACCCAAAGCUCAUGGUCCUCCGUGAUCCCAAGGUGCUGCACCCCCAGCCCUCAUCUGCCCUCCUCUGUCGUGACAGCAGGCAGCAAGGACUGGCCC